AUGUCGAUCAGCUGGCAAGUUCAGGAUUUAUUUGUCUCUUCCGUCGAGGGUUCCAUUGUGGACGGUGAGGCAAUCAUCGAGCAAAGAUACCCGCUUAAAGUUGGACGAAUCCCGGCGGCCAGGGGCAUUAGAGAGCUGCUCAUACGCAAGGGAGUCGGUGAGAAAAUUGGUAUCACCAUCCGUCGGAUCGAAGAAGAGAAGCUGUUUAUCUACGCUGUCGCUCAACGAAGUCCUGCUUACUUGGCUGGUCUCCGGUUUGGCGAUGAAAUACUGUGCCUUGAUGGUGAUACGUCGCCUGGCGGAGACUUAAACAGAGUGCGCGAGCUGUUGGAGAAGAAUGUACGGAACAGCAUCAGACUGCACACCAAGGAUAGAUCAGACGAACGGUACGUCACGAUUACCAGAGAUGCACAGCGGGGUUAUGGGUUUCGAUUUGUGAAUGGUGAAAUAACGUUCGUUAGGCCAAACACUUCCGCCCAACGAUGCGGUCUGGAGAGAAAACUUCAAAUUGUAGAAGUGAAUGGAGAGGUCGUUGCUGGCAUGAAUGAUACGGAUAUUGAAGCCGUUAUAUGCGCCAACAUGAGUACAGUCACGCUAUGUGUGGUACCAACAAAAGUGUACCGUAAUUUGCUUGCUAGAAAUAUAGUCUACAUAGCGAAUCGUUAUAACAAAUAA